AUGGGCAAGCAGCAGCAUUGUGGAUCCUUUGAAGAGAUACAAGGUCAGAUUGAGGUAUUGAAUCCAACAAAUUUAGAUGAGGAGCUCGAGGAGCGUGACUCCAUUGAGUUAGAAUUUGCCACUUUAAUAGCUACGGCUCAACAAUUUCAAACUACUCAAGCAAGCAGUUCUAAGUUUAAUAAAUUUCUUAAAGACCGUGCUGACAUUCUUGAAACUUACAACCAUCCAAGGUCAAGCGGUAAUACAAAUAGUGAAUUAAAUAAUUUUAAUAAGAAGAAGCGGGCACAAGCCAACGUUUUCGCUGCCAGAAUAUCGGAGCUGACUGAGACUGUUAAGGGUCACGCUCCCACUUGUGAGGUCUGUAAAGGCACACACCGAAUUUAUGAUUGCGAGAAUUUUAAAAGUAAAACUAUUGAAGAACGACAGGCGCUAGUAACUAAUUUAAGGCUUUGCCGCAACUGCCUCCGUAGGGGUCACGACGUAUAUUACUGUCGCGCGAGAUCUUGUCGCAAAUGUAAAAGGCGUCACAAUUCCUUAAUUUGUAGCAACGGUAAACAAUCAUGCCCUCAGGGCAAUGCUGCACAUGCAAUAGAAAAUGUGUCUCCUCCCGCAGCAGAGCUCACUGUUAACUUAGCUAGAGAUAAUGUCAAUAAGGUUACUCUUCUGUCCACAGCCUUGGUCGAGGCGGUUAAUCCAGUUAAUAAUAAAUCUGAAAUCGUGCGCGUCUUAUUAGACUGCGGCGCGGAGUCUAGCCUCAUAUCAAAGGGGUUGCAAGAUAAAUUAGAUUUACAGUCAACACCGGUGGAGCCUAUUAACUUAAUAGGAAUAGGCAAUGCAACUUCUCACUGUACAAACAAAGUUUGUUCGUUUCAUUUGAAAUCUUUGCACAGUGACUAUGUGGCGAAGUUGACAUGUCCGGUACUACCGGAACUCACAGGUGACAUCCCAAGGUUAUCAAUCAAUACAAACAACCUCAACAUUCCUUCCGAUGUUCAGUUAGCCGAUACAAAUUUUCAUAAAUCGUCACCAAUUGACGUAUUGAUCGGCGCUGAUCUAUUUUGGCACAUCGUAGGAUGCGAACGUCGAUCUUUAGGUUCAAACAAACCUUACCUAAUCAAUUCAGAGUUCGGCUGGAUUCUUUCUGGCCCCAUUUAUAUAGGAACUCGGCCCUCUAACUUAAAUUGCAAUUUCCAAGUUGUAAGUCCUCAAGCAGACAAUCUCGACAAGUUGCUUAUUCGAUUCUGGGAGCUGGAAGAAGCCUCGCCAAAUAAAUUAUUAAGCCCCGAUGAAAAGGCUUGUGAGGAACACUUCCAGGCUCAUACAACUCGAGAUUCCGCAGGCAGAUUUUGCGUGCGCCUACCCCUCAAGGACUCACCUAGCUGCUUGGGAAAUUCGUACAUCACUGCCAGGAAAAGAUUUUUAAACCUGGAGAAACGUUUUAGGGCACAACCCGAGCUCAAGGCUCAAUACAUUAAAUUCAUUAGCGAAUAUAUCAUGUUAGGGCACUGCACAGUCUUAAGCGGACCACGAGUUGUUUUCCACUGCGGAAAAUUCAAAUCUAACGUACCUUCAAUUUUCGAAAGUGCCCUGAUAGACCCACAAGAAAAUUUAACGCUAAGCGAAUCUACUAGCAUUUUAGGAUUGCAAUGGAAGCCUUCCACUGAUACCUUGAAUAUCGUGGUAAGCAUUCCAGAUCAGACAGGUGAUUAUAUAACGAAACGGUUGAUACUUUCACAUUCAUUUAAAAUAUUUGACCCCCUAGGCCUUAUCAGCCCUUGUACAAUCCGACCUAAGGUACUCAUGCAGGAAUUAUGGCGUCGCAGCAUUGGCUGGGACGAACCAGUACCUUGUGACUUGCAGCAAACAUGGGAUGAGUUAAAACAGGACCUGAGCAAGUUAGAGUUCGCUCAGGUUCCCAGGUUAGCCCUUUGCGACUCACCUGUUAGCCUGGAGCUACACUCCUUUUGUGAUGCAUCUGCUACAGCACAUGGUUGUUGUCUCUAUAUGCGGUCCGGCAAUGAUAAUGGACAGGUAGUGGUUAGAUUGCUAUGCGCCAAAUCUAGGGUUAAUCCCAGCAAGCCGACUACGAUUCCUCGUUUGGAAUUGCUUGGAGCGUUACUAGCUGCUCGGCUGUGCCAAAUCUGUUCUCGAGUCCCUUCGGUUGCAAGAUUUCACGCUGUGUCCAUUGGAGCGAUUCUAGCG